AUGGCUGGCAAUGAGAGUUCCGAGACAUCAUCACCAUCUCCGCCUCAACAACCCUACUAUGCUUCUACACCAACACCUUCGUCUGUAGCCGUUGUCCAGCAACAUGAUGAUCCACAGUCUCCACCACCCAUGUCUCAACCAGGACAAGCUAUGCCAUCGAUCGUUGUCGUGAAUGCAGAGGAUGGAUCGGAUCAACAACAGCAACAACGUCGAGCCAACGUUUCAUUUGCACACAACCAUCAUCCUAAAUCUGGUGAGCGUGAUGUUCCAAAGACGGGUGCACUGGGUCGGUUGAAGAAUGCUCCCAAGGAUCAAAUCCCUAUCAGCAAAGCUCCUCGUCGACAGAAAUCAUCUCGGUUUUAUGUCAAGGAAAAGGUGCAACUUGAAAAGACGCCUGCUUUUCAUGAGGUGCCACCCCACUUACGUCAAGAUCUCUUUAUCCAGAAGAUCCGACAAUGCACAGUGGUUUUCGAUUUCAGUGAUGCAUCAUCUGAACUUCGAGAAAAGGAAAUCAAGCGGCAAACUUUACAAGAGAUCCUUGAGUACGUCAAUAUGAAUCGGGGCGUCUUGACCGAAGCUGUUUAUCCUGAAAUUGUCAACAUGUUUUCGAUCAAUCUCUUCCGUACCAUCCCACCUCAAGUCAACCCUGUGGGUGAUGCAUUUGAUCCAGAAGAAGAUGAACCAGUACUCGAGUUGGCUUGGCCUCAUUUGCAGAUCGUGUACGAGUUUUUCUUGCGCUUUUUGGAGUCUCCUGAAUUCAACAUUGCUUAUGCAAAAAAGCAUAUUGACCAAAAGUUCAUUCUGCAGCUCUUGGAGCUUUUCGAUAGCGAGGAUCCUCGAGAACGUGAUUUCUUAAAGACGACGUUGCAUCGGAUAUAUGGAAAGUUCCUCAACCUUCGUGCGUCUAUUCGUCGAUCCAUCAACAAUAUCUUUUUCCAAUUCAUCUACGAAACGGAGCGUCACAAUGGCGUAGCAGAGUUGCUUGAGAUUCUUGGAAGCAUUAUCAAUGGUUUCGCAUUACCUUUGAAAGAGGAACACAAGAUUUUCUUAACACGCGUCUUGAUCCCGUUGCACAAGGUCAAAUCACUCGGCUUGUAUCAUCCUCAAUUGGCCUACUGCGUCGUUCAGUUCCUUGAAAAGGACCAAGCCCUUACAUAUGAGGUUAUCACUGGUUUACUGCGAUAUUGGCCCAAAGUCAACAGCCCAAAGGAGGUCAUGUUUUUGAAUGAAUUGGAGGAGAUAUUGGACGUGAUUGAUGCAUAUGAAUUUCAACGUGUCAUGGUGCCAUUGUUUAUCAAGUUGUCACAAUGCAUUUCAAGUUCACAUUUUCAGGUUGCAGAGCGUGCCCUUUACUAUUGGAGCAACGAUUACAUUGUCAGCUUGAUAGCCGAAAACAUGGAAACGGUGAUGCCCAUUAUCUUCCCCGCAUUAUACAAGACGUCAAAGUCCCACUGGAAUAAGACGAUCCUCAACCUCGUAUAUACCGCUCUCAAAUUGUGUAUGGAUAUCAACCCUAUCUUAUUCGAUGAAUGUGCCAACCAGUACAAAAUACAAAGACAACUUGAGCGAAAGCGGCAAAAGGAAAGUGAAGAAAAUUGGAAAACGCUUCAGCGGAAAGUUAUGGUGUUGGCUUCCACUGCUCCCUCUGAUGAAGCACAACCCAGUGAUCCUCAAAAUGAAUUUGCUUUCCCAGCACCUCCAGGGUUGCCAGGUAGUGCCAUGGAGGUUGAAGAAGAUAUCCUACUUGAUGAUGAGCCUGAAGCGAUGGAACCUGAUCACUCAGCGGAACACACUGAUGCUAUUCAUCCAGAUAUGCAACAAUUUGAUACAGCACCUGUGCAAUAUCAGCAAUUUAGACGAAAAUCGAUUAUACCUGUGGAUGAGACUGUAUUCAAUGAGCUUUCACGCCACGUGAGCUUGGAUGAAGUUUUGAAUCAAGCACCUGGUGCAUCAGCGGCAGCGGCAGCCGAAGCCGAGGCGGCAGCAGCAGCAGCAGCAGCAGCGGCACAUGCAUCCAACAAUGCUGUCGACCCAUCCAACGUACCCAGUAGCAAUGAACAGCAAAGAAUGAGUCUGGAUAACAACAUCCCUUCAUAA